AUGGCCACCGACCUUGCCAUGAGCGCAGAGCUGCCCAACAGCCCUCUGGCCAUCGAGUACGUCAACGACUUUGACCUCAUGAAGUUUGAGGUGAAAAAGGAGCCGCCUGAGGCCGACCGCUACUGCCACCGCCUCCCGUCCGGCUCGCUGUCCUCCACCCCGAUCAGCACACCCUGCUCCUCCGUGCCUUCCUCGCCGAGCUUCUGCGCCCCGAGUCCCGGCGCGCAGCCCAACCAGAGCCUGACCAGCGGGGUCAACAGCAGCGGCAGCAGCAACAACAGCAGCGGCAACAAUAAUCACAGCAACGCGGGCAAACCUCAGCUGGAGGAUCUGUACUGGAUCCCCAGCUACCAGCACCACAUCAACCCCGAGGCGCUCAACCUGACCCCGGAGGACGCGGUGGAAGCCCUCAUCGGUAACGCGCACCACCAUCACCACCAUCACCAGGCCUACGAGGGCUUCCGCGGGCAGCAGUACGUCGGGGAGGACCUGACCACGGCCUCGGCGGGCCACCAUCACCAGCCCCAUCACCACCACCACCACCACCACCACGGCCACCACGCCCGCCUGGAGGACCGCUUCUCGGACGAGCAGCUGGUCAGCAUGACGGUGCGAGAGCUGAACCGGCAGCUGCGGGGCUUCAGCAAAGAAGAGGUGAUCCGCCUGAAGCAGAAGAGACGCACCCUGAAGAACCGCGGCUACGCGCAGUCCUGCCGCUUCAAACGCGUCCAGCAGAGGCACAUGCUGGAGACAGAGAAGUGCACCCUGCAGAGCCAGGUCGAGCAGCUGAAGCAGGACGUGGCGCGCCUCGCCAAGGAGAGGGAUCUUUACAAGGAGAAGUACGAGAAGCUGGCCAGCCGGACCUACAAUGCCGGCGGACCCGCGAACACGAGAGAUCCGUCCGGGAAACAGGCCAACCCCGAGUUCUUCAUGUGA